AUGUUUCAGUCUGUUCCUAUACUAUUUGCACUUAUGCAAAAAAAAACAAAAAUGGCGUAUAAUUUGAUUAUUGAGAAUUUAAAAUCGUUGGCACCAACAUUAAAGCCAACCAGUAUUAUAACUGAUUUCGAGUCGGCUCUCCGAGACUCUUUAGUGGACAACUUUCCAGAGGCUAUUUCCCACGGAUGUUGGUUCCACCACAACCAGGCUUUAUGGAAAAAAGUUGUUAAACUUGGGUUUCUACAGCUGGCCAAUACAAAUGACAUUGCAUUGAAAAUUAUUAGAAUGCUGAUGUCCCUUCCUUUAUUGCCUGCAAGAUAUAUGCAGUUAGGUUUUGAAGAGCUACAUCAGUAUUCAAGGGAAGAAAAUAUAAAUUUGGAAACACUCUUCUCCUACUAUGAAACGUUUUGGCUAAAUAGGAUGGGCUCACAAUUUGUUUCAGUUCACAAUUGUCCUCGGCGAACAAACAAUAACGUGGAGUCUUUUCACAAUAAACUACGUUUAAAAUGUUGUUCACCACAUCCAAAUCUAUGGGUUUUUAUUGAAAAGCUAUGUCAUAUGAGUAGAGAGUACCAUAUUAUGAUUGGCCAAAUUAAUAUUGGAGAAAGACCUACUCGAUCACUCUCAAUAAAAUAUUUAGCUAACAGCAAACGUAUACGUGAUUCUACAGUUGAAUAUGACCUAGAGUUGAUCACUAUUAGGGAUUUCUUACACAGAGUGUCAUAUUCAAUGGAAUCAUACAUGAACUGUCAGAGACACUGGAUAGCAAAUGUCGAAAACGAAAUUGGAGAAAAAGUUGUAAAUCAGAAUCAUAAGUUUGAGAAAAUUAAAAAGUAUUUAAUGUAA